AUGCUCCGUCAAUAUCUUUCCAAUGGACCUGCAUUACCUCGAUUGGAACUGUUGAAGCUGUGGAAAGGAUUGUUCUACUACAAGCCUUUGGUUCAGCAGGCACUUGCCAACGAUCUCGGCUCACUUAUCAUGGACAUGCCAACCGACAAUGCGGUUCCUUUCUUGGCGGCGUUUUGGGAAAUUCACUGCAAGGAAUGGGCCGGUUUGGAUCGACAUAGACUCGAUAAAUACUAUUUAUUAUUUCGACGAGUGAUUUACUUUUCGUUCCAGUUUUUGGCACGCGAAGAGUGGAACGAAGAGUUGGUGAAUGCUUACGGUACGAUGUUGUUGGAAGGCCCAUUGCAUCCCAAAGAUCGCACGAAACCCGAUGCGAUUCAAUAUCACAUUAUCGAUCUGUACUUUGAGGAGUUGGAGAAAGUAUUGGACGAUCUGCGCGCACAAUUAGAUGAGGACGAAGAAGAGAAAGAUUUGGAGGUUCCCAUGGAAGCUUUAACACGACCUCUGACUGUCUUGUCGACGGAUGCUGUCAACAAGGUGACACGCAAGAAGGCGAAAGAAGCCAUUCAUGCUCACGAAGAAGAGAUGAAAGCCAUGAAAGAAGAUGCCGAAGAUGAAGAGGAGGAUGCCGAGGAAGACGACGAUGCCAUGGAAGAGGAUGCUUAA